AAACAAACUCACAAAAAUAUGUAUAACGUUUGAAGCGGUAUUUACUGCAUUUGUAGUAUAAACACCCUGACUUAACUGCGUUAUCUGCUCUCACUCACAGUGUAGUAAUUCAAAUAUGUCCUCCCCUGAUGGCCUAAAGAAUUAUUUGAGGACAGCACUUAAUGAGGAUGGGUUUCUUAACGAAGUUAAAGCGGACAUUUUAAAGAAGAUUUUUGAGAAAAUCAAAAGUCAAUUACCUGAAAUAAAGACCUCACCUGCUUCAGAUAUACACUCAAAUGUGAAAUUAUUAAUUAAUGAAUUAAUUCUUGAAUAUCUAAACUUUGAAAGUUUGUCAUUUAGCGAAUCCGUCUUUCGUACAGAAUCUGGUCAUGGAAACGUUCACAGUUUACCUAGACGAUUUCUAUGUCAAGCCCUACAAAUAAAGCCUACUGUCAAUAUUAAAUCUCUUACAACACAGAAUCCAAGUAGUGAAUCGAAUACUACCAAAUCGCCUAAUGAAUUAAUUGAACAACCAAUUCCACUGCUUUACUACAUUGUACAUUAUCUCAUGGUAAAUGGUUUAGACAAGACGCACAAUCAUGAAUCAGACUACAAUGCGAUGUCCCAAGAAAGCAGAUCAAUCAAUUCUCGAUUAAUGAAUAAUUACAGUACUACUGUUGGUAAUAAUGACUUAGGGAAAACGACUAGUACUGCCCCAUUAUCAUUUAAUCCUAAUUUCUCUUCUUCUCCUCCUGCUCCUCCUCCUCACCACCAUCAUCAUCCAGUUUCUUCUCAGGAAAAACGCAUCCAUUUUAACCCUGAACAUGUAUCGAUUUAUGAAGAUCCAUGUGUAAAUCAUGCAUCAAACUGUACAAAUUCUGAAUCUGAUUUGUAUUAA